UGUUCAUAAGUUUAAUUUCCGAAGCGAAUCCUGCGCACGUCAAGGGUCUUUAUCGUCGUGGAAUGGCCUACAUGGCUAAUGGAGAUUUUGAUGAAGCAAGGGCUGAUUUCAAAAUGAUGAUGAAAGUCGAUAAGUCAACUGCAUCAGACGCAUCAGCAGCCCUUAUAAAACUUAAGCAGAAAGAGCAGGAAGUUGAGAAUAAAGCUCGGAAACAAUUUAAAGGGCUAUUUGACAAGAAGCCUGGAGAAAUUGCAGAAGUUAAUGCCAAUGAAGAUGGAGAUCAUCAGGUCACCAGGGAAAGCCAGAAAGAUGGUGAGGUACGGGAAGACGCAUCAGAUGGAACAAAUUCAGAGGAUUCACAUGAAGCUGUGCCUGAUGUAGACCAAAGGGGUUGGUUCUCUCACUUUUGGCCAACCGGUAGUAGAAUUUUUUCGUCUCUUGGGCUUCAAAGAUGUACCAUACUAUAAUUCAUCUUAAAGAAUGCAGUAGUUGGCAGAAAUUUUCAAAUGGAGGCAUUCAAAAUCACUACCACAGGUCUUUAGAGAGUUCAGGCAUGUUACCAGGAAUAUUUUUUUGUUCUGCUUUAUAUUAUAAUCUUAAACACUUUGUAACAGUAUAUUUAAUAAAAGAGAGCUGUAUUCAUAAUAGGAAUACAGAGGAUUGAUUGUAAGGAAUUUUAGUCUAAACAAACUCAAAUCAUAGUAGAAAAUUUGAAACUUCAAUUUA